UAUUUAGAGUUCUUUUAGUAAAUUUGUAGCCAUGAAGUUCUUGAAUAUCCUUCUUGUUUUGUUCAUUGUUGGUUGUAUGUCAUGGCCUAGUAUGCAAAGCAAUUUAGAGACUUAUAUAGUUCAAGUUGAAUCUCCAGAAAGCCAAAUUUCAACUCAAUCAAUGUCAAUGGAUUUAGAAAGUUGGUACAAUUCUUUUUUGCCAAAGAGUAUAGCAAGCACAAGCUCGAAUGAAGAGGCGCCACGCUUGAUAUACUCAUAUCGCAAUGUGAUGAAAGGCUUUGCUGCAAGAUUAUCAGCAGAACAAGUGAAAGAAAUGGAGAAGAAAUCAGGCUUUGUAAAUGUGUGGCCGGAGAGGUUAUUGUCUUUGCACACUACACGUACUCCGAGUUUUCUUGGAUUGAAGCAGAACAUUGGCUUGUGGAGGGAUUCCAAUUAUGGGAAAGGCGUGAUCAUCGGAGUCUUGGACACUGGGAUUCUUCCUGACCAUCCUUCAUUUAGCGACAAAGGAAUGCCUCCGCCGCCUGCUAAAUGGAAGGGAAAGUGUGAAUCAAACUUCACUACAAAGUGUAACAACAAGCUCAUUGGUGCGAGGACUUUCCCAAAAGAAAAUGGUUCGCCAAUAGAUGAUGAUGGACACGGUACUCACACCGCCAGCACUGCUGCUGGUGGUUUUGUGAGAGGUGCCAAUGUGUAUGGAAAUGCUAAUGGCACUGCUGUUGGUGUUGCCCCUCUUGCUCACUUGGCUAUUUAUAAGGCCUGUGACUCUUUUGGUUGCAUUGUCAGUAACGUUUUAGCUGCCAUGGAUGCAGCUAUUGAUGAUGGUGUUGAUAUCAUAUCCCUUUCCCUUGGUGGAUAUACUAGUCCCUUCCAUAGUGAUCCCAUUGCACUCGGUGCAUAUAGCGCAACUGAAAGAGGCAUUCUUGUUAGUUGCUCUGCAGGUAAUACUGGUCCAUCCAAAAGUUCUGUUUCAAACGAAGCCCCGUGGAUUCUCACAGUAGGCGCGAGCACUCUUGACAGGAAAAUUAAGGCAACAGUUCAUCUAGGAAACAAAAAAUGGUUUGAGGGUGAAUCGGCCUUUCAUCCAAAGGGUGUUAGUACAAAAUUCUUCCCUUUGUUUGUUCCUGCACUAAAUGCUAGUGAGUUUCGCAAAUCUUAUUGCGGAUCAGGUACGUUGAGUGACCAUGCUGUUAAAGGCAAAAUAGUAUUGUGUAUGAUGGGAGGCGAUUAUUCGAGAAUUGCUAAAGGACAAGCUGUUAAGGAUGCUGGAGGUGUUGGCAUGAUUCUAAUAAACAGGGCUGAAGAUGGUUUCACUACAUCAGCUACCGCUCACGUCCUUCCAGCAAUGGAUGUAACUUAUGAAGACGGAAUGAAAAUCAUCAACUAUAUGAAUUCAACGAAGAAACCUGUUGCUCGGAAUACAUUCCAAGGAACUAUACUCGGUGAUCAAAAUGCUCCGGUUGUUGCUGCAUUUUCUUCCAGAGGGCCAAGCAUAGCUAGUCGCGGAAUCUUAAAGCCUGACAUUAUCGGUCCUGGUGUAAACAUUCUUGCUGCUUGGCCUACCUCCAUGGAGAACAACACCAACACAAAAUCUACUUUCAACAUUAUUUCGGGAACCUCCAUGUCUUGUCCUCACCUCAGUGGCGUAGCAGCAUUGCUAAAAAGCGCUCAUCCCACUUGGUCUCCUGCAGCUAUUAAAUCAGCAAUCAUGACAACAGCUGAUACAACCAAUCUUGCCAACGGUCCCAUAUUAGAUGAAACACUCCUUCCUGCUAGCAUCUUCGCGUUUGGUGCAGGACAUGUCAAUCCAGAAAGAGCAAAUGAUCCAGGAUUAAUUUAUGAUACCCCAGUCAAGGACUAUGUACCUUAUUUAUGCGGUUUGAAUUACACAAACCGAGAGGUUGGAAACCUUCUACAACGUAAGGUGGAUUGCUCGGAAGUGAAAAGCAUUCCUGAAGCACAACUAAACUAUCCUUCAUUUUCCAUCACACUCAGAGAAAAUCCUCAAACAUAUACAAGAACAGUGACUAAUGUCGGGGAGGCUAAAUCAUCUUACAUUGUGGAAAUAGUUUCACCACUAGAAGUUUCCGUGACUGUUAAGCCCUCUACUCUGAAGUUCUCGAAGAUGAACCAGAAAAAGACCUAUCGAGUAACUUUUUCAAAAACAGACAAUAGUUCAACUAGUGGUGUAGUUCAAGGAUUCUUGAAAUGGACUAGUAAUAGGCACUCUGUAAGAAGUCCAAUUGCAAUCGUUCUAUAAGAAACUGCAACGUUUGAUUUCUAGUCUCGUUUCGUUUUAAAAAGUCAUGAUUUGUUCCAUGUAAUAAGCCUGCAUUCA